AUGAAGGAAGAAGGACAACAUCAGAUGCUAUCAUACCACGAUGCGACUGCCCGUUCGAGGCCAACGGAGUUUCAAUGCCCACAGUCGACAGCCUUUAGUUUCUCUUAUCCUCAUUUUACAUUGCUGUACAUCAAUCGCAAUGGAGAGCUUCAGGUUGAAUCUUCGCCUUCCAUCUCAAGCCAUGAGAGGGCCAUCUUUACGCAGGAUGUCAAGGAAAAAUUCCUGAAGUCAGCAGGCUUGGGAUGGCAAUCAGGGCUGCACAGUAUCCAGCAGCCAAGUUCUGUGGGUCACAUGGAAGGCGAUGUCACGGAGAAACAACCGUCUUUCCUGUCCAACUCUUUUGGCCCGCACCACGAUCCGGGCUGGUACCAACCCGGGCUGAUCCCUUGUGAAUGGCAAUCCUUGCAUAACAAACGUCCACGACGGAAUUCGAGGCGCAUGGAGUCGGGAGCGGGCCGAGGCUCAGAUCCAUCUUCACCAGGCUCAGCAGUCAAUUGGACGGCACUCCGAGUAGGACAGAAAGAUCUCCUUCAGCGUUAUUACGAGAGGGCAUUUGAAAACUUCCAGCAGAUCAAUUGUAGGGCAAUUGCGAAGGCCUUCGUCAAGCUGGUUGAGCCUCGCAAGCAGGUAAAUCAUCCGUACAACGGACGGAGAACUGUGGCAGGGUCACCUCAGCGCGUGGACCCUGAAUUGACCAAGCCUAAAUGGUGGCCUGCGGGGGUGACGCACAGAGAGCCUGACCAUCUGGUAAAAGCUGAGAGGAUCCGACUUCUUGUAUAUAUUCUAUGUGAACUGAGGGAAAGCCAUGCAAUCACAGCGGAUAAGCUGAAAGAAGCUGGUCAAGAUGUGCGACGAUCAAUUUCUCCACCAGAACGACUACAGAUCUUGGAUGAGAUCUAUUAUGUUCGAGACAUGGAAGAAUUAUAUUUGGACGGCAAAAUCAGUGGAGACACAAUGAUACAUGUCUCCCAGGUCCAUAUGGCCGAAGCCAGCCUAAUCUCAGGUUCUCACGACCAGGCCGUUCCUAUGAUUGCUGUGGAAGGAGUUGCACCCCAUAUAACAGAGCACCAGCAGCAAAUGUCUCCUAGCGGCUCCCAUUACUUGAUAGGAGGGUCAAGUAAUAACAACGGUGUUAUCUCGGACAAUGAUCACCUACCAUCGGCGCAGGAGAUUUACGAAGAGACCUCAAGCCCGGAACCUUAUAACUGUUUAACCCCAGGGUCAACCCCGUCAGCCAGUCGAAGAAGCUCCGUGGAAGGCAGCCUGGUGUACUCGUCCAAUAUGGCUUCGCCCCGGUCAACAACAAGUAUUGCUUUCCUUCCCUGUCGAUCAUAUGCGCUCCACCGCGACGGUCCUACCAUCUUCGCUUUCCGGCAAAAACUUAUAAUGGAAAGUGGUGGUUCCUACUCAGACGACCGGGUGACGGGUGACUCGCCUGUCUUGCAUCCGACCCGAGGUGACGAUAUUUCCGAUGACGACGAGUUUACAGAUUCUGCAGACCACUACUACUCGCCACCUGGUUCACCAGGGAGGCUGUCGCGAAGCCCAUCAUUUUCUUAUCAGGAUGACUGGGAGACGUUCCCGUCGUUGGAACACCUGUCGGUCUUUGACUUGCUCGACAACUUUUCCCUGUCGCAGCGGUUGGAAAGGUUCCAGCAAGCCAUAAAUUCACAAACGGAAAAAGUGAAGAAACAACGUGAGAAACUGAAAUAUACCUCACUCCAUGCGAAGGAUCGUGUCGUGGGCGAGUGGAAAAAGCGGGUUCCUACGGCAGACGAGCGCCUGGACAAGUAUCGUCGGCGGAUGAAGGUUGGUGUUGAGCGCUUGGGGAAACAAUGGAAUGCAAACGCAGCCGUGACCUUGCGCGAGAAGAUAUCAUUCAUUGCAGGUGUCCUCAACAUCUUUAUCAGUGGCUAUAUCAUCGGUGCUCAUCCCGAAUAUUUCUACAUCUGGUUCAGUGCACAGCUGGCUUACUUCAUGCCGAUCCGAUUUUACCGGUACCACAAGAAAGGCUACCACUAUUUCUUGGCUGAUCUAUGCUAUUUUGUAAACCUGCUUUGCUUGCUGAGUCUCUGGGUCUUUCCGCGUUCCACGAGGCUUUUCAUAAGCACAUUUUGUCUGGUGUUUGGCAAUAACGCUGUUGCAAUUGCCAUGUGGCGGAAUUCCAUGGUCUUUCAUAGUAUGGACAAGGUUGUAAGCCUUUUUAUCCACAUCAUGCCGCCUAUGACCUUACAUUGCCUCGUUCAUCUGACCCCCGCUGGAAGACUGAAGGAGAGGUUCCCUGCGGUUUACGACAUCAAGUUUAGUGAUCCUCAAUCCCCAGAUCAUUUCUCUCUCCUUACUAUGAUGGGCUGGGCCACUAUUCCGUACGUGAUAUGGCAGUUGACUUAUCACUGUUUUAUCACCGUCCGUCGUGCCGAGAAGAUUGCCGCCGGGCGCCCAACCAGUUUUACUUGGCUUCGCAAGUCCUAUGCGAAGACCUGGAUCGGGAAAAUCGUCCUGAGUCUUCCUGAAUCAUUGCAGUCCCCUGCCUUCAUGUUGAUUCAAUAUGUUUACGCCCUAUUGACCAUGAUUCCAUGUCCGCUGUGGUUAUGGUCCAAGUGGGCCAGUGGGAUUUUUUUGACCGGCCUGUUUAUCCUCAGCAUCCAUAACGGUGCGACAUAUUAUAUUGACGUUUUUGGCAAACGCUUUCAGAAAGAACUGGAGGAGUUGAAGAAAGAUGUGGCUCGCUGGCAGUCAUCGCCUGCAGGGACAAACACCCCGACACUCGUAGGAUCUGAUGAGGCCGCUGCAUCGGGAGCGCAGGUCUCUAAUCAAUCCUCAGGCGCUGCACUGAACAACGAAAUCGACAAAACUAGUAUUGACAGGAUACCUCCCCUCGAUUCCGUGGCCGCUUCAACCGGCAUGCGAGAGCCUUAUACUACGGGCGAUUCGGCGGUACGCGAGAGAAAAUAG